AUGGACACCCCGCGGAACGCCAACUCCGGCCACGGAAACACCCCGCAACUCGGCCUCCUCUGCCGCGACGCUCCCCGCACCAACACCGCCACCAGCAUCCAACGAGACAAAGGAAAGGAAGUGUGUGGAAAGAGUUUGACCAGCAAAUAUGGUCUUGAUGUUCACAUGAGAGUUCAUACUGGAGAGAAACCGUUCACUUGUGAUCAAUGUGGAAAGAGUUUCUCACAAUCAUCAAGCCUUAAGGAACACAUGGCCAUCCACACUGGAGAGAAACCAUACAAGUGUUCACAAUGUGGCAAGCGAUUCUUUUGGGCAGGAGACCUGAAGAAACACAAGAGGAUCCACACUGGAGAGAAACCUUACACAUGUGAUCAGUGCGACAAAACAUUUUUGAGGGCUUCAGACCUGAAAAAACACCUUAAUGUUCAUACAAAGGAGAAACCACAUUCAUGUUAUUUGUGUGGAAAGAGUUUUUCAUCAAAUUGUUUAAAACAGCAUGAGAGGAUUCACACUGGAGAGAAACCGUACAAGUGUUCACACUGUGACAAGAGAUUCAAUCGGUCAGGACACCUGAAAACACACGAGAGGAUUCACUCUGGAGAAAAACCGUACACUUGUGAUCAGUGCGGAAAGAGUUUUGCACAAAAAGGAUACUUUUCAGCACAUUUGAGAGUUCAUGCUGGAGAGAAACUGUUCACUUGUGAUCAAUGUGGCAAGAGUUUCACACAAUCAGCAAACCUUAAGGAACACAUGACUAUCCACACUGGAGAGAAACCUUACACGUGUUCACACUGUGGCAAGAGAUUCAGUCGGUCAGGAGACCUGAAAACACAUGAAAGGAUCCACACUGGAGAGAAACCGUAUCACUGCACUGCAUGUGGGAAGUGUUUCAAUCGUUCCUCUUCUCUACACAGACAUACAAAAAACAUUCACAGUAAGUAGAUCAUCUUCAGAUCAGCACUUUCAGGUCUGAUGCUGCGUCCUCACCAAAUGAGACACAAUAAUGCAUUAAACAAUAAUAUAGCAUCUGGAUAAAUCUGUCCUAACCAGACAUUACA